AUAAUAAUAAUAAUAACGAUAAUGAUAAUAACAACAAUAAUAUAUCGUGCAUACAAUUAUCCACGUGAGCAAGGAAAAGAGAAAUAUUUUCACCCCCCCCUCACGUUUCACAACCGCCGUUGAACCUUCGGACGGUGAGCAAGAAAAUUAAUUAAACGAACUAAAGAAAUAAUAAUAAAAAAAAAAUAAAAAAUUCAUCGGUACGAAUUUUAACGCUGAAAGUUUCGAUUUACCGUUGUUGAUAAUUUUCGAAAAGAAGAGGAAAACGGCAGCAACGAAUCAAAUUAAAUUGAAAAAAAAAAAACAAAAAACUUGACGAGGAUAGUACCAAAGUGUUUUUUUUUUAUUUCUUCCGUUUUUUUUUUAUUCUUCUUGCAAAAAUGUCUUUAACGCGCGAACAAUCUUACGCCGUUGGAUAACAGAUGGAAGUGUGUAAAUCGUUAUGUAAUAAAAGAGAUGUAAUAUUACAGAAGAAAAAAAAAAAAAAAUGAUAUAAACAAAUGGAAUAAAAAAAAAUUUAAAGAGAAAAGAGAAGAAAGAAAACAUUUUACAAAGCGAUGGACAAAUGUAAGAUUGGGUAAAAUAGUUGUAUAAAAAUCUGAUAACUGCACAGUGUAUACCUGAAAUUAUUAUAUUAUAAUAAUAAUAACAAUAAUAAUAAAAAUACAUAUAAAUAAAUCAGGAUGGGGAGAAGAACGGUGAAUAAUAUGAGGUGGAGAGAGCAUCAGCGAUACGAAAACGACGACGGCAGCGUCGCGACGCCAACGACGAAAACCGCGAACGAAUCGUCGACGUUGAUUUUGAACAGCCUCUGUUACUCGUGCAGAAUUUGUCAGGCCGACGAGGCUGGGCGAGAUAAAAACGAAAAUACGGUGGGAUAUCGAUGCGAAAUAUGCGAACGUCUCCAGGGUAGCGUCGACGACGACGUCGACGUCGACGAUUUGUCGACGAACGGGAAGGAGGAGGAGAAGAAGAAGAAGGACGAGGAGGAUUAUCGCGGGAAACGGAGGAGCAGAUUAUUUUCACGGGGUUUUUUUAACGCCUCGUCAAAACUCGAACCACUAGCUAUGGACUGCGGUCGACGUCAAAGCGACGUCGGUCAGUGGCUGAGAUGCGCCUCGAGUGUCGUGCGAUGGCGUCGUUUCACGAAAUCGUUUAAGAAUUUUUUUAACGCUUCCUCAUCGUCGUCGACAUCGUCGUCAUCAUCGUCAUCAUCAUCACCGUCGUCGUCGUCGUUAUCAUCGACGACGACGACACGUCGACCAAGUUGUUGCUCCUCAUCGUCCGUACUGUUCAGGAAUCUAUCGACGAUCAAUGUUUCUACGAUAUUUUUCAUCGUUCUAUUCAUCGCGAACUUAAAUUACGCAUCAACUACAAGUGCUCACGGUGUUUACGAUACCACGGACAAUCGAUAUUAUAAUUCUAACGGUCGUCAUACUCAACACUUUGAUCACGCCGUCAGGGAUAUUUCUUCGUCUUCUUCUGCUGUUGCUGCCGCUGCUGCUUCUUCUUCAUCUUCUUCUUCUUCUUCGUCUUCUUCUACUUCGUCUUCGGCGAAACGAACCGUCUGUCAGAGCGUCGACGUGAGAAAUAGCGUGAACCAAUUUUCGCGACUGGAAGGAUGUCGAGUGGUCGAGGGUUUCGUACAAAUACUCUUGAUCGAUCACGCGAACGACACGUCCUACGCAAACCUUACAUUUCCCGACCUCGUCGAAAUCACCGGCUACCUUCUGCUUUACAGAGUGAACGGUCUCCGAAGCGUUGGCCAUCUGUUUCCAAAUUUGACGGUAAUACGGGGCCAUUCGUUGUUCAUAAACUACGCCCUUGUCGCCUUCGAGAUGAUGCAUCUGCAGGAAAUCGGUCUUCACUCGCUGACGAAUAUCGGCCGCGGCAGCGUUAGAUUUGAAAAGAAUCCGGCACUCUGCUACGUUGAUACAAUCGACUGGGACCUCAUCAUCGGCGUUGGAAAGGGCGAACACGUCAUAUCGGGAAAUAAACCGAGGAACGGAUGUCCGGUUUGUGAGAAACACUGUCCGACACGAUCGACGAAAAAGGAUGAAACCUUGUGCUGGAACAGACAGUAUUGUCAACAUGUUUGCGACAAGUCUUGCGGAAUCUCUGCGUGCAACAACAGCAUGCCUGGGAAAUGCUGUCAUCCGUCUUGUCUUGGAAGCUGUACCGGAACGGGUUCUCAGGACUGUGCCGUUUGUCGAGAUGUGAUAGUCGAUGGAAAUCGUUGCGCUAACAGCUGUCCGGAAAACACAUAUAUGUUUUUGAACCGUCGCUGCGUACAGGAGAACGAAUGCAGGAAAAUGAAGAAGCCGCGUGAGGCGUUUGACAUAGUCAAGGAGCACCCGUACAAGCCGUUCAAUAAUACUUGUGUGAUCGAAUGCCCACCCGGCUACAUGGACGAGGAAGUGAACGGUAAAGCGACGUGCAAAAAGUGCGACGGAUUGUGUUUGAAGGAGUGCAGCGGGACGAAUGUCGACAGUAUUGCAUCGGCCCAAAAACUUCGCGGUUGUACUCACAUAACUGGCAGCUUGGAAAUACAGAUAAGAGGCGGUAAGAAUAUCGUCAAAGAAUUGGAGGACAGCUUGAGUAUGAUCGAGGAGAUUGACGGUUAUUUGAAAAUCGUUCGCAGUUUCCCACUGAUAUCUUUGAAUUUUUUGAAAAAUCUACACACCAUUCACGGCAAAGAACUAGAGAGCGGAAAGUACACCUUUGUCGUACUAGAUAAUCAAAAUCUUCAGGAACUAUGGGACAUGGAGUCUCACAAGUCGAUGAGAAUCCUUGCCAACAACGGACCUGUCAAAGUUUUCUUUCACUUUAAUCCAAAACUCUGCUUGGACACCAUCGAAAAGUUUCGCAAAGGCGCUGGCCUGCCUGAGUUCUCGGAUCUGGAGGUUGCCCCUAACAGCAACGGCGACAAGGUCGCCUGCAACGUUACCAAGCUUCACACUCGGGUUCAGAAGAAAACAUCGAACGCCGCGCUGAUUGCGUGGGAACCUUUUGACCACCACGAUCAGAGGUCACUCCUUGGGUAUGUUGUGUACUUUAUCGAGGCACCGAACAACGUCACCAUGUACGAUGGAAGGGAUGCCUGUGGCGGCGAUGGAUGGAGAGUAGACGACGUUUCGGCAGCUGAAAGUUCUGAUCGGACGAUCCAUCAAAAUGGAAGUGACAGCGAAACUACCGAAUAUUAUUCGCUGUUGACUCAGCUCAAACCUUACACGCAGUACGCGUUCUACGUUAAGACUUACACAAUUGCUACUGAGAGGUCUGGCGCGCAGAGCGACUUGCAUUACUUCACCACUGACCCGGACGCACCCAGCGUACCCAGGUCUCUUUACGCCUAUAGCAAUGCGAGCAACGAACUUGUCAUAACAUGGGAGCCACCGCUUCAUAAAAACGGAAAUCUUACCCACUACAGAAUUAUCGGGCGAUGGGAGAAGGAUGAUAGAGCGUUUCUCGAUCAGCGAAAUUACUGUAACGAGCCCCUAAACUUUAGGGAGACGAAACCGAUGACAACGCCGGAUGAGGCAGCGCAUCCUAAACCGACCGAAAAUAAGAGGCCAAGUUCGACAAAUGGAGAGGAGAUAGAAACUGACGAUUCAAAGUGCAAAUGUAUCGAUGACAAGGAUCUCAGGGAAAAGGAGGUUUCAAGUUCUAUAGCGUUUGAGGACGCGCUGCACAACCAGGUAUACGUAAAGCGACCCUCAAGUGAUCGCAGGAGACGUGAUGUGAGUGAGAUAGUCAAGACGGCUAAAAUGUGGCAGGAACAAAAUGUCUCGUACUCAUAUCCUGAGGAUAAAGAUAACGCUUUGACGGAUGACAUGGUCAACGGUUCUAUCAGCUUAUUCAACAGGACUGUCUACGGGCAGACGAAUUAUGCUGUGAAAAAUCUGCGUCACUACGCUGUUUACACUAUCGAGGUACAGGCAUGCAGAGAACCAGUCCCUAACGAAAGCCAGAGCAACUACUGCUCGACGAAAAGUAUCAAAACGGCCAGAACUGAGCCGCUUAUAUCCGCCGACGACAUUCCGAACAAUACUUUCGACCUGGAAGUUAUAACCGGCAAUAACAGUCGCUCCAUGGUGAAACUGAGCUGGGAGGAGCCGCCCAAUCCGAACGGUUUGAUUGUCACGUAUCAGAUAGAGUACAAAAAGAUCGAUUUUCAAAACGUCAAGGCUAUGGUAAUUUGCAUACCUUGGCGAGAAUUCGUGGAUGACGGACGCGUUUACGUUUUGAAUGCAUUACCGCCUGGAAAUUACUCCCUGAGACUUCGAGCAACGAGUUUGUACGGAAAUGGCGCUUACACGGUGACGAAACACUUCUACAUCGAGGAACUGAACGCCGGAGGGUCCCAUCCAUACUUGUGGCCCCUCCUAAGUGUAUUUAUUCUGAGUAUUCUAAUUCUGGGCGGUGGAUACGCGUUGAAACGAAAGUUCAUGCCUAAUUCUUCGGAAAUGCGGCUUUUUGCGACCGUCAAUCCCGAGUAUGUUAGCACCGUCUACGUACCCGAUGAUUGGGAAGUUCCACGAAAGAAAAUAGAGCUGCUAAGGGAGCUGGGGAAUGGAUCCUUUGGCAUGGUGUACGAGGGCGUCGCCAAGGACGUUGUUAAGGGAAAACCGGAGGUCAAGUGUGCCGUCAAGACGGUCAAUGAAAACGCCACGGACAGAGAGCGUAUAGAGUUUCUCAACGAGGCUUCGGUCAUGAAGGCAUUCAACACUCAUCAUGUUGUGAGAUUGUUGGGCGUUGUAUCAGUCGGUCAACCGACACUUGUAGUUAUGGAGCUAAUGGUCAACGGAGACCUUAAAACCUAUCUGAGAAGCCACCGACCAGACGUGUGCGAAAACUUUUCCAAGCAGCCCCCGACUUUAAAGCGGAUAUUACAGAUGGCGAUCGAGAUCGCGGACGGAAUGUCUUAUUUGUCGGCAAAGAAAUUUGUCCACAGAGAUCUAGCGGCGAGAAAUUGCAUGGUCGCCGAAGAUAUGACCGUUAAGAUCGGCGACUUUGGUAUGACUAGAGACAUAUAUGAGACUGAUUACUACCGCAAAGGCACCAAAGGACUCUUACCGGUUAGAUGGAUGGCACCGGAAAGUUUGAAAGAUGGAGUUUUCACAAGCUACUCAGAUGUCUGGAGCUACGGUGUAGUUUUGUGGGAAAUGGUUACUCUCGCCUCGCAGCCUUACCAGGGUUUGUCCAAUGAUCAGGUUCUUCGCUACGUUAUCGACGGUGGCGUUAUGGAGCGGCCCGAAAAUUGUCCAGAUUCGCUGUACAACUUGAUGAGGCGAACGUGGAAUCACAAACCGAAUCAAAGACCGACGUUCAUUGACAUUGCUACCAUGCUCUUGACUGAGGUUAAUGUCGAGACGUUUGAAAGGGUCAGCUUUUACCACUCGCCCGAAGGAAUCGAAGCCAGGAAUCAGAACGCUUCUCAUUCGCCACAGACUGACAAGGAUUUGGAAAUGGAAACCCUGCGCAAUCUGCAGGACGAAGAGGCGGACCAGGAGGGAAGUGAAGAGUCACCGUUGAGGGAGGACUUUGGAGAUUUUGCUAGCUUUGAACCGUCUGGUCCUAAUUCUAUAAAGAUUAGUUCAAAUCCUAUAUACGGUGCUACGACGCGUAACGAUAAUUCAAAGGUGUCGCCCAAUUUUCACGAAUUUAACUCGUCUAAGGUGCCGUUGAAGGCUGACUUCGAUGAUUUUGAGGGGGCCUCGAUGGAAUCGUUGAGAUCGAGCCGAGACACGUUGGAUUUACCGUUCGCCGAGGACAGUUUAAAGUCCGUAAAAAAUUCUCCCUUCGUCGACAAGAGAAACAAUUCGCGCGUCAAUUCGACCGGCGAUAAUUCCGUUUUAGGUAAAAACUCCAUUAAUCCCAAUAACGUUGUUAAGAGAAAUUUUUCGGAGAGUCCCAGAUUCUCUAAAAUAAAGAGCGAAGAUCCUGACUACGAGAACAAAUCCCCUGAGGUUUUUGUCACUUCUGGCGAUACGAUAAAGAACACUAAUGUUCAUCGCGUUGAAUUUCCGUCUAUAGACGGAAUUGAUGAUAAAAAUAUUAAUGACAAUGGAGGAAAUAAGUCCAAAGUUGAUUAUAAGAGUAAUAAUAAACAAGAAGGCUUAAAUAACGGUUAUAUUAGCGGUAAGACUACACAGUGUUAACAGAUCGCGGUACGGCGUUCCUUGGCUGAUUUUGUUUCAUAUUUUUUUCGGGCAAAACAUAUUACGAAAAGAAAAACGAAAAAAGAAAAAAAAACAAUUUUUUUUUUUUUAAAACAACUGAUAGCGAAUGGCAAGAAAAAGAAUAUCUUUUCGUUAUUUUUACAAUGAAAUUCCGUUUUCUCGAACUGAUUAUCGCGCGUGUUUUGUUACCUCGCAGCCACGGUUACACGCGCGUAGAACCAGGACAUCUCAGGAUAAUUAAAUACAAAAUAUUAAAAUAAAUGAAUUAACAAUUUUUUUUUCUUAAAAUAAUUAAUAAUGAAAACGUAAUACAAAGAAACUGACAUGUGCGAGCUCUUGAAAUUAAGCUUGCUACGACGUCGCUGUAGUUUCGAACGAUCUUCUGCGAGAUAUGCAAGAAAGAAAAAUAAAAACUAGAAAAAGAUGGAGACAAAAAAAUUUGUAACAAUAAUAAUAAUUUUCCUUUGGUAUUUUGCUCUUGUUUUGUUUAAUUGUAAAUUUUCUCAAUUAAUAAUAAGCUGUAUCCAAAUAUAAUCUAAAUUAUUAUUCAGUAAUACAGUAAGCGAUUAGGAAAAAAGAACGUUAGGGCAAAAAGAAAUGUCACUAAUAUUAACAGUAAUAAUAAUGAUAAUUAUAUUAACGAUAAUAAUAAUAAUAAUAUUGAUAAUGAUAACAACAUGAAUAAUAUUUUUUAGUGUAAUGAAUUUAAAGUUAUUGUAAACUCUUUCUCGCGUAUGGAUAUCCUAAUAUUAAAUUUAAUUCCUAAGAAUGCGUAACUAGAUCGUUCGAAUACUACCAGAGACGUAAAUUAAGUUUUGGGGCAACUCGAGCGGUAAAAAGUAAGUUAUGAUUGCCCUGGUGCCCUUUUUUUUUCGUUAGUUGGGAAAAUAAUUUUACAAUUUUGUUUCUAAGCGAGAUUGAGAAACUAAGAAAAAGAGUAAUAUCACGGCCGAUCCUUCGAUUGUUCGCUGUUCCAUUCAACGUCUAGCAACGAGCGACAAAGCAUUUUCAACUUUAUAUAAUAAAAAAAAAAAAAAAUAAAAUAAAAAAAAAACUGUCUUGGAAGAGAGCAAAAGAGUGAAAGGGAGAGACAGAGAGAGAAAGAGACCGAAAUUAUGAAAGACCGAAGGAGAGGCAUGCGGAUAGAAAAAGAGGUAUAGAGAAAACUUGCAAAGAUUCCGUUGAUGAUAAGAUUAGUUUGUGGGGUACAGUUUUUUUCUGUUACAAAUUUUCCCCUUCGUCAUUCUUCGCCCGAUCCUUUGAUUUUCCUUAGCAACUAAAGAAUGCAAGAAAAAAAGAUGAAGAAAAAAAAGAAAUAGAGGAAGAUCGUUGUUUCGUUGACCAAAAUAUUAAUGGCAGCAUCAUUAGUCGCAUAUACAUAUAGAGAUGAAAAAUAAUCGAGUGUGACGGUCAAGUGGAUGUUAAAUUUCGCUCUAAAAGUCAAACCCUUUAUUGUAUUAUAAGUACAGAGACUUUAACGUUUUAUCGAUGACGUGAAAUAAUUUUUAUCAAAAAUUACUAACUGAUUCCCCGUCACGAAUUUUGAAAUAAUACAAACCUAAGUUGAAAAUGAAAUUGUAAGAAAAAACAAGCCGAAAACUUGAUUGUCACUCUUCGAUAUGUUGUUACACCGUUAGGUACAAUAGUUUAUAGACUCUAAUGGUUAUUAGUAUGAUGACAAGUAUCAAAUCAGGAUUGUUCAGAAUAUCUUUUAGUUAUUUAUUUUCAUUCCAUCGAUUUUAAACUCGCACUGACAAUAGUAGACGUUGAAAUUAUGAAUCAUUUUUCGGCAACGAUUAAUAGUCUACUAGUAAGACUGAAGAGUUUUUAUAUAUCACGAUGAAAAAUUUCAAUUCACGGCUUUUACAAACCCAGUUAUUCGUCAGUUAUUAACAAAAAUCCACCUGUCCUUAGCUAUCAAUUGUUCUCAGUAUUUUCAUUUAUCUAUUUUAUUUCUUUCUCCUCAUCUACUGCGUUAGGUCUCGAAUAACUUUACCCACGUGGAAUAAUAUUUGCUUUAACAUGAUUGAAUUGAAAUUCAAUCUAUUUCCACUGUACGGUUUGAGAGUUACUUUUCAAAAUGAAAAGAAUGAAUAGAAAAAAUAAAUAAAUAAAUAACAUAAACAAAUAGACAAUAGAAUUAUUAAGAUAUCAAAGAUUUUAUUUAUUACAUAUAACUUGUAUUAAUUUAUAAUAUUACUAUUACUAUACAUAACAUAAAUAGGUUUAUACACCAUACUCGCAUUGUACUGAACAAAUCCGAGGGUUGUAUCAUCUUUCUCGCCCUCGGUUACAAGAGAACGCAUAUUGUUCACUAAAAUUGACAGACUUGUAACACUUGGUCGUUGUCACUGAUCGUAUAAGAUUCACAAAAACAAAAAAAAAAAAAAAAAAAAACCUGUAUCGACUGUCAUUAACAGAUUAUCAGACUUAACACGAAGUAGCUCUCAAACUGUUUUGUUCGAGUUGAAUGAUAGUUGAAUUACUAAAUUUUUCUGAACCUUCCUGCAUUCAAUGUCGUUACCGACGAGAGAACCGGAGACUGUCAUAGCCCAAUGAGAGCCAAGAUUGACGUCAGGAAUGAGAUAUUAAAAGAUGUUUGCGAGGACAAGAUAUUUGUAACACAAUAAUUUCUAUUGAAAAAGAAUCUUGGAAGUAAAAGAGGAAAUGGCAAA